UGGUGACGUACUUCACAAACAGGGUUAAAGAUGAAGUACUUUCUUCUUGUAAAUAAACUCGCGAUGCAGUCUUUGAUCAUUGCAUGUAAUUAACACAACCUUUCGGUUAUCAGAUAACAACCCUACCUUACAUUGAAUAUGAAAGAUAUAUUGCUGACAUAAUGAGAUCAAGAGCAGCUGAUACGUAGAUACCAUGGACCACACAUUUUAGUAGUAAAGGAUAAAAUAAUCCAGAAGAAAACACAGAUCAUGAGUAUGAUGCAUAACGUAUCCCGAGCGGUCCAUGACCGUGUCAACCCAGCAGUAGUCAAGACAAUGUACUGCAAUUGUGAGGGAGCUGUAAAUGCCUUGGCUAUCAAUCGAGACUCUUCUCUUGCUGUGGUUGCAGGCCGCAAUGUCUUCAAAAUAUUUGGCAUCGAAGAUGAGAGGUUUGAGGAGAAAAUGAAUCUUCGUGUGGGACGAAACGUCAACCUCAAUUUCAGUGCAUCGGAUGUCACAUGGAAUCAAAAUGAUGAUAACAUUUUAGCUUCGGCAGCCACCAAUGGUUCAGUUGUGGUAUGGGACAUCAACAGGACGACCAAAUCCAAACAAGAUUACGUGUUCACAGACCAUAAUCGUACGGUAAACCGUGUACGUUUCCAUGAGAACGAGGUAAACCUGCUAUUAAGUGGUUCACAGGAUGGAUCAAUGAAAUUGUUUGAUGUGAGAAAGCGGACGGUCACUACAACAUUUGUGUCUGGAAGCAGUGUCCGAGAUGUCCAGUUCUGUCCAAGUGUAUUUAGCUACUUCCACUUCGCUGCUGCUGAUGAAAAUGGAAAUAUUCAGAUCUGGGAUAUGAGACAGCCGGACCGCGUACAGAAACAGAUUACUGCACACAGUGGCCCAGUGUUUAGUAUAGAUUGGCAUCCUGAAGAUAGGAAUUGGAUCGGCACUGCGGGCCGUGACAAAUCCAUCAAGGUGUGGGACCUCCAGAGGAAUAAGCUACUGUAUACAAUUCACACGGUCGCCUCGGUGAUGCGGAUACGAUGGCGUCCUCAGAGGCGGUACCACAUUGCUAGCUCCUCCCUUCUCGUCGACUUCAGCAUCAACAUCUGGAACAUCCAGCGCCCUUACAUACCUUUUGCUUCCUUUGAGGAACACAAAGAUGUCACCACAGACAUUGUUUGGAAGAAGGAGGACCCCCAUAUGUUCUACAGCUGUAGUAAGGAUUGUACCUUAUACCAACAUGUGUUCAAAGAUGCCAAACGUCCAGCCGACCAUGUCACGCCAUCCGGAAUCGACAUGAACCUCGACUACACGGUGUCCCAUGCCCACGGGGAGCGUACCCUAUCCACAGACAAACACAGCUCUGGGAAGUUGUCAAUAUUUCAUAAGAAGCCGUCCCGCAGCGAUCAUUUCACACAGGCGUAUAGCACACUGCACGUUCACAACUGUAAUAAACAUGAGACCUCGCUGUCCAUGGACUGGUUUCGAGACUCCGCCCAACGCUAUCUCCUGAAAGGAUUUUCACUUGACAAGCUUUGUGAACAAAAUGCUCAAGUGGCCGAGAGCCAAGGUCGUUACCAGGUGGCCCAGAGUUGGAGGAUGCUGAUGGUAUUGUACUCCCAGAGUCUCUACACCGCUCCACAGUUCCGAACCCUGUCCAUGGGCUCAAACAGCAGCGAGAAAACAGACGCAGAUAAAGGCAAGAAGGAUGCUCAGAAAUCUGAUCAUCAAGAUUCAGGCAACAACGAGAUCACAUCAGGAGGAAGUGACGAUGAUUCGGACAAGGAAAUCAUUAAGGAGAACCUGUCCAGUAUAGCACGGGGUCAACCCUCCACAGAGUGGGACAUUCUGUUUGACCAGGAUCAACUCACGUAUGACUCCCUAGGGGAUUUCGACAAGGGGCUACAGGAGCUGACUCUACCCAACGAAGCCUUUGUGCCUCGUCAUGAGAUCAAAGAACACCCAAAUCCACUAGAUUCCAUGCCAAACGGUCACGACUCGCCGACCAGUGCCAAUGAAAGUGAGGGCAACAUGCAGAAUCUACAACACAGCUCGAGAUCAAAUGUCGACGAAGAGGUCCUGGUGACAUUCUCCAACGAUAUGAACGUCCCCAACUUAGGGUUCUCCAAUCACGUCGUGGACAUGCUGUACUUCUACGCUGAACAGGGUGAUGUACAGACUCCCGUGUGCAUGCUGUUAGUAUUAGGGCAGAAAAACCGUCCACAAAUAGACAUCGCUACUCAGGAAAACUGGUUCAUGUCUUAUAUAGACUUGCUGGGCCGGUUCAAGCUGUGGACGAUAUCCAAUGACGUGAUCAAGAUGAGUUAUCUCCCCCAGAUCUCCAUGAUGAACCAACAGUCAACACGAAUCCCUUUACACUGCUCGACGUGCAACAAAGUGUUGUCGCGUGUCGGGUGGCUCUGCGAUCGGUGCAAGACGGUCAUCAACACUUGUGCCCUUUGCCACCACCCUGUGAAAGGCCAGUACCUGUGGUGUCAGGGAUGUUCCCAUGGCGGUCAUCUACAACACAUGUCCGAUUGGUUCUCGAGUCGUAAAUUCUGUCCUGCAGGCUGUGGACACAUGUGUGAAUUUACAUGACCUCGUGUGAUUUAAGACGUUAGCGUGAUUUAAUAUGACUAUUGUCAGAAUUCAAGUGAAUGUGAUUCACAUGAAAUCCAUGUGAAUAUUUACCAGUAUGUGAACUUCAUUCAUGUAAGUGCCCGAAUAUUUUGAAAUAUGUGGCUGUCCCUGUGAAUUUACAUAGAUUUCGUGUGAAGAGUCAGUCCAACAAUACCACAGUAUAAUACUUUGAUAAAGUGCUAGACUGACGUGGAAGUUCAAAGUUUUUCAGUGAAUGUGUAGACAACUUUCAGACUGAUACGGACCGAUACAUUUUCCUAUGGGCAGUGAAAUUGGUUUUGAUGGAUAGGGAGAGUGAAUUUUUCCUACCUGAUGUGGACGGUGAAAUUCUUCUGGACUAUUUGAGUCAGAAAAGUUUGUCUUCACUCAAAAGAUUCCAUUGCAUUGUGCAGGUACCAAAGCUAAUAGUUGUUGUUUACGUCUAUGGAAGUGCCAAACAGUGUGAAUGAAUGGUGAUAGAAUGGUUGUUUGAAAAACGAGAAUUUGUUAUGUUUAUUUUAUUUUGUUUUGUGCAGAAGUUGUUUGAUUCAGGCAAUAAAACUGAAAAUAUGAAACAUGAUAUCUGUGCAUUGGUAUU